GCGGAGCAAGAGCUGGAGCGGAAGUGGGCUGGCGCGUCGCUGUUUGCGUAAUGCUGCGGCGGCUGAGCAGUUCCGCUGGUUCCGGUCUGUUCUACGGGCUGCUUCUGUUCUUGCUUGUUUGGUUCGUGUAGCUCAGUCAAGCCCCGUUCUGACGUCGGCUGCAGCCGGGCCGCCGACUGAACAUGGACUCCCCCGGCCAAGAUAUCAACCUGAAUUCUCCUAACAAAGGUCAGCUGCCUGACUUCAUGAUUGAUGUCCCUGUUGACCCAGGUGUGGCUGCCCAGACUCCUGCUGUUGAGGGUCUGACAGAGGUGGAAGAGGAGGAGCUCAGGACUGAGCUUGCCAAGGUAGAAGAAGAAAUAAUCACCCUGCGCCAGGUCCUGGCAGCCAAGGAGAGGCACUGUGGAGAGCUGAAAAGGAGGCUGGGCCUGUCUGCCUUGGGGGAACUGAAGCAGAACCUGUCUAAGAGCUGGCAUGAUGUGCAGGUCUCUAACGCCUAUGUGAAGACUUCUGAGAAACUUGGAGAGUGGAAUGAGAAAGUGACCCAAUCUGACCUCUACAGGAAGACACAGGAAACACUCUCUCAGGCAGGACAGAAGACAUCUGCUGCCUUGUCCACCAUGGGCUCUGCCAUUAGCAGGAAGCUCGGAGACAUGAGGGCUCAUCCAUUCUCACACUCCUUUAGCAGCUACUCCAUCCGCCACUCGAUAAGUAUGCCAGUCAUGAGGAACUCUGCCACCUUCAAGUCAUUUGAAGACCGAGUGGGGACCAUAAAGUCUAAGGUUGUGGGCGGCAGAGAGAAUGGCAGUGACAGCAUCUGUUCCCCAGCGGGGAGUGCUGACCCACCCCUGCCAGAUCACUCACCUUUCUAAACCUGCGAUAGUGUCGCCAAGCCAUGGAACAGGUGCAAGCACACCUUCAUCAUCACAGCUACAACUCUGCGCAAUGGAGCCACCAGCUGGGACGACUGAACAGUUGGUUUUGAGGGCAAUCAUGCUCCUUCACGUGCAGAUGUGACCGCUGCCUUCGCAAGAGUUAGAAAACAAUCCUGUAUAUAAAUGUUUUACACUAAAAGUUCAUAGGUGAAGCAGAUCACUGUGCUGUCCUUUUCAGGGCCACAGGAAAUGGACAGGGUGGAGGGUCUGGGGAGUAAUAGGCCCAAAAUUAUGCCCCUCUUGGGAAUUUUGAUAGCUCCCCAGAACUUAGCAGGAAGAAGACACAUAAGAAUAUGAAACAAGCAACAUUUUCUGGCCUCCCCUCCUGUUUCCUGAACUCACAGGUAGCGUAUGUUCACCAAGAAUGCACUGCCAGAGCCCAGUUUUUGCCAGGAGAUGCUGAAUAAGAGAAUUGUCCAUUUUCUGAGACCUCAGAAACAUUGUCAGCAGCUGCCUAGUUGUUACACUAAUUUGACAAGCAGAUUUACUAUUUUUUAAAUGCAGUGGACUCCUCAAAAAUUAAAAUUUGGCAAAGCAGCUUUAGCCUUAUCAUUAGAGAAUAUUCUUUAGACUCAAGCUGAAAUUCAAGCCUUACAUCGCCUUAUGCUAUACAUAUAUGUUCUGUAAUAGAUUCUGAGCAUUGUGUACAGUUUUGCAUCUGGUCCAUGUCGUAUCUGGUCCAUGUAAUUGGCCUGACCAAUUAGUAUGCUUAUCUAAGUGGCACCUUCUAGUAUGAAGAACUUGAUUCUCACAAAGACUGGCAUUUCCUCUGGCUCCCUACUCUAGCACAGGCAGCUUUUGGGUCUCUGAGGGCAGGAGGGGCAGAGAGAAAGAAACCCUCUGAUUUUAACACCGUUGAACAAGAUGUGCCUCUGCAUAGCACUGACUGGCUGAGGCGUGGCCCAGCCUGCCUGCUUGCUCACAGGUUGCAGGAGAAGCACCACCAGCCCUGCAGAUCAUGUUGGAAAUGGGGCUUGGGAUCAGCUAGAACUCUGCUGCUACCUUUUCUCAGGAGCUACAGAUGUUUCAUUUUCAAACUGCCACACCCUGGUAGCCCCUCUCACACUGGGGUCCCGUGUGUCAGACAUGUCUGGAGGGGCAGCUGUGUGCCUUAGUGGCUCUUAGCAAGGCACCAAGACCUUGCGUGCUGUGUGCAUGUGUUUGCAUCUUGGAAGCGGAAGGAACUGCUCACUGUCCACUUUGGUAGGAUAUGUGUCCUCUGAUGACCAAGGAUCCCUGGCCACUUUGGAUACCCGUAGGGCUGCACAGCAAGCACAAUGAGGAUGCAGGGGCUGGCGGUGAGCCCUUAAUGUUCUUUUUCUAUGGUUAACUGCCGUAGGGUAUGAUAAGGCAGGUUGCAGUUGCAGGAAUAGGUCAUUGAUACAUCUUUCUAAAAUGAAUAAAUGGGCAAUUUGUCAAUAAAGCAUUCUUUUGGGGAAAAAUCCA